GUGUUUGAGGCAGUAAAGUUGUGUGUUAAGGCAGGAGAAAUGUUGUCUUCAUUCUCCCCUCAGCCAGAGAAUCUGCUCUUGGCCAGUAAGUGCAAGAACGCCGCUGUGAAGCUGGCCGACUUUGGACUGGCCAUUGAGGUGCAGGGAGACCAGCAGGCAUGGUUUGGAUUUGCAGGGACACCAGGUUACCUGUCCCCUGAGGUGCUGAGGAAGGAAGCAUAUGGCAAACCGGUGGACAUCUGGGCCUGCGGUGUGAUUCUGUACAUUCUGCUGGUUGGAUAUCCACCUUUCUGGGAUGAGGAUCAGCACAAACUUUACCAACAGAUCAAAGCGGGAGCUUAUGAUUUUCCAUCUCCAGAAUGGGACACAGUUACUCCUGAAGCCAAAAAUCUCAUCAAUCAAAUGCUAACCAUAAACCCUGCCAAGAGGAUCACUGCACAGGAAGCUCUCAAACACCCAUGGGUCUGCCAAC